CUCCCUCGCUGCCUCCCUCCCUCUCUGCGCCCGCCUCCCGUCCUCCCUCGCUCUCUCCCCUCCCCAGCACUGCAGCAUUUGCCGACUGCAGCUCCAGCCGCCGCCCGCGCCUCCUCGGCCUCCGCAGCCUCUGCCGCCGCCAGCACCAUGGCCAGCACCUUGUCCGCCUACAAGGAGAAGAUGAAGGAGUUGUCAGUGCUGUCGCUCAUCUGCUCCUGUUUCUACUCACAGCCGCACCCCAACACCAUCUACCAGUAUGGGGACAUGGAGGUGAAGCAGCUGGACAAGAGGGCCUCUGGCCAGAGCUUCGAGGUGAUCCUCAAGUCCCCUUCUGACCUGUCCCCUGAGAGCCCAGUGCUCUCCUCUCCCCCCAAGAGGAAGGACACCUCCCUGGAGGGGCUGCAGAAGCGGCUGGAAGCAGCUGAGGAACGGAGGAAGACGCAGGAGGCGCAGGUGCUAAAGCAGCUGGCCGAGCGGCGCGAGCACGAGCGCGAGGUGCUGCACAAGGCGCUGGAGGAGAACAACAACUUCAGUCGUCUGGCGGAGGAGAAGCUCAACUACAAGAUGGAGCUCAGCAAGGAGAUCCGCGAGGCGCACCUGGCGGCGCUGCGCGAGCGGCUGCGCGAGAAGGAGCUGCACGCAGCCGAAGUGCGCAGGAACAAGGAGCAGCGAGAGGAGAUGUCUGGCUAAGGCGCUGCGGACCAGAGGCGCCUGGAUCCUGAGAGGACACGUCUACACACGCGGGUUCUGGUUUCGUCUUGUCCCACUUUGUCUAGAUGCAAGUUUGGUUCCUGCCCCCUCCCCACCCUGCACUCCUAGCUCAUGCUUCUCUUUCCGCUCCGAGCUGCCCAGUGCUCGUGGCCUGUCACUCUCCACAGGCUCUCCCUCAAGGAGCCACCAGAACAUGGCACACAGUCCCUCAGUUCAGGCACCAGGCCGGGCAGUGGCUGGGUCCCCUCUUGGUGGCCCUCUUAGCAGACGUGGUGGCAGCCUCAAUAAAUCCAGUGGUGGUAGCAGGAA